AAGAACACCUGCACUUGGCUGACUUUCUCUUCUCCUACAGGACCAGUCUCAGGCCAAGAACCUGGCAACCCUACUUAUUGCAGAGGAGAGUUGCUCUUUACCACUUAAGUAUGUCUUGUGACCUACCGCUUGUUUUUUUAAAAAAAAUCCCCACCCCGUUCUGAAGAGAGAGAAAAUCCUUCCAAAAACAGCCUCUUCUGUUGACUGUCUUACGGAGGAGGGCUGGGGUGGUGGGAGAGCGGCAUAAGACAUAUCCUGGACAUUCCUGCAAGUUCUCUGUGAGAGGCUGUCUGAAAGUCCAGGCCUCUACUCCAACCAAGGCCUGCUUGAGUCUCUGUGAGAGGAAAUGUCUGCUGAACAAGGGUCUAGAAAGGCUGGCAGAUUCCAGGCUGCACCAGUGCCUUCAGGCAUCAAAAUGGAGGACCCAACAGGCCCCAAAUCGGCAGAGGGAGCAGAAAAGGCGGGGAAAUCACCACGUGUCCUUCAAGUUGGGACCAUCCGAGAAUUUUUCGACUGGGCCUCUCCACUGCAAGUGAAACAGGAGCCCGAUGAAGGCUUGCCCGAGCGCUGGGAAGCCCAGUGGCAGGAGUUCCUCAGGGCCAUGCAGUCCUCUCACCUGGGUUGGGGAAACCUGCCACUGACAGAGGAGGCCGCACCAUGGGGGGACAACAAGGCCUUCUUUGCCUCCUUUGAGCGACUGGCUGGGACCUGCCAGUUGCCUCGCCAGGAGUGGUUGGCCCGCCUCCUGCCUGUCCUGAGCCGGGAAGCCAAAGAGGCCUACAGCAACCUUAGCCUCCAAGACCGAGGGGAGUACGCCAAGGUCAAGGCAGCCAUUUUGAAAGUGGACGCUAUCCGGAUGGAGACGCAGCGCCAACGCUUCAGGCAGUUUCGCUACCAUGAGGCCAAGGGGCCCCGGGAGGUGUGUGGCCAGCUCCGCGAGCUCUGCCGGGGUUGGCUGAAGCCGGAGAAGCACACCAAGGAGCAGAUCUUGGAUUUCUUGGUCCUCGAGCAGUUCUUAACCCUCCUGCCACAGGAAAUCCAGAGCUGGGUUAGGGAGCAUGACCCUGAGACCUGCGCCCAAGCUGUGCCCCUGGCAGAGGCCUUCCUGCUGAGGCAGCGGGAGGCUGAGAGAAAGCAAAAACAGGCUGCAGAAGCCCUGGUUGUGAGUCGUCGCGAGACAAAGACAUUUGCAGGCGCUGGGCUGAAGCGACUGUGCAGAGAAGUGAAGCAGGAAGACACUAGACCAUUAGACAAAGGUGGCUCCAGCAGCGACCAUAUGGCAAAGAAAGGAACCCGGAGUGCUGAAAACGGGCUGAAGAGCCCUAACAGAGCCCGGCCAGGAGAAAGGAACUUCCAGAGUCCUGAGGGCAGGAAAAGUUUCCACUCAAACCAAAGCCUCAUUAAACAUCAGAGAGUCCAUGUGGCCGAGAGUCCCCAUCAGUGCCCUGACUGUGGAAAGCGCUUCACUCAGCGCUCGAGCCUUACUAUCCACCGGAGAAUCCACACAGGAGAGAAGCCGUAUCCUUGUCCCCAGUGUGGGAAAUGCUUCCGCCAGAGCUCGAACCUUCUCAAACAUCAGAGAAUCCACUCGGGUGAAAAGCCACACCAGUGCCCAGAGUGUGGGAAGUGCUUUGCCCAGCGCUCAAACCUUCUUAUCCACCAGAGAACCCACACUGGGGAGAUGCCUUAUGUGUGUUCAGAGUGCGGGGCAUGCUUUAGCCAGCACAGAGGGCUCGUCACUCACCAGAGGAUCCACAUGGAAGAGAUGCCCUAUGGAUAUGGCUGUCCAGACUGUGGGAAAUGCUUCCAGCAAAACUCGGACCUCACUAAGCAUUUGAGAGUCCACACCGGUGAAAAGCCAUACAGCUGCCCUGAGUGCGGGAAGAGCUUUAGUUACAGUUCAAAUCUCAGCAAACACCAGAGAAUCCACACAGGAGAGAAGCCUUAUCUCUGCAACGUGUGUGGGAAAAGCUUCAGUCAUUUAUCGACCCGGAACACACAUCAGCGAGUCCACACAGGAGAGAGGCCGUACGGCUGUACCGAGUGCGGAAAAAGAUUCAUUUCUAGCUCAAAGCUUACGAGACAUAUGAGAACACACUCGAUAUAUACCCCUUACAUCUGUAAUGAAUGUGGGAGGAGCUUCAGUACCCACUCCUCCCUCACUACACAUCAGAAAGCCCACGCUACUGAGAGCUGCAAUGUGGCGAAUUCUUGGGAAGCUGCUGAGCAGGGGCCCAGCAGUCUCUCAGGCCGGGUAUCACUUCUGUGACUGAUGCCUGUUAUUCUGUUCCUUAUGAUUUAGCCUGUCCUGGUCAUACAGGUCCAUAGCGACACUUGUAGAAAGGGUGCUAGUCCCUAAGGUGUUGGAAGCUGGAGGUCUGCACAGUGCAGGCAGGAAGAGAGAACAGAGAAGGAUCUAGGAUUAGUCUGGUGGGUUUGGAAAUAGAAGUAGGCUGAAAAUAGGGUAGUAAGGGGGAUGGAAGUAAGAUUUCAGGCUUAUAUUGCCAAUUAGAUUUAGGAGCAGAGUCAUGGCCAGUGAAGAAAAGAGGACCUCAGUGUUUCUCUUAGGCUGCCUCCCCACAAGAAAAACAGUUGGUUUGAGCCUCCUUUUAGUAGAGCAUGCCCCAGUUGCAGUUUAGCCAGAUAGAACCUCCUGUUUCAGAGGUAGUAUACCUCUGUGCCAUGCACCAGGCACAAAACAACUGGAGAAAGCUGUUGGAUUCCUACCAUGUUUGUGAGCUUCCCAAAAGCAUCUAGACGAAAUUGGGUGGAGGAGCUUAGGCCCUCCAGAUGUUGCUCAACUACAACUCCUGUGGUCAGUGGCUACAGGUGAUGGGAGAUGUAAUUCAGUAACGUCUGGAGGGCCAAAAGUUCUCCUACUCUGGAUCUGGGCAUCCUUUCCCAACUCGGUGCCUUCCAACUGUUUUGGACUACAGUUCCCAUCAGCAAGGCCAUGGUGGCAGGGGCUGAUGGGAGUUGUAGUUCCAAACAACUGGAGGCCACCAAGUUGGGAAAGGCUGGUCUAAAUGGUCUCUACUGGAAGUGGAACACAAGUUAGAAGGGCCUUUUUAAAGUUUUAAAAUCCAAAAUUGUAUGCUUUAAUUUGGAUUCCUGCGUUGAGCUCAAUGGCCUUGUAGGCCCCUUCCAACUCUAUGAUUCUGUAAGUCUUGAUUCAGCAAAGUAUUUCUGAUCUUUCAAGGGGAGGGUAAUGUUCCUCACCCCAACCCAUCCCGCAACCCACUAAUCAUUAUUUUUUAGAAAAUUACACAGCUACUCGUUACUAAAUAUUUCAUGGGUUGAUUACAAACAAGACAAUAAUUUUAAAGUACAAUAAUAUGGGAAUUGAAAAAAUCAAUAGGAAGCAGUACAAGAGAGGGAUGGGGGGAAAUCCCUUUCCUGGCAGUGAAGUCAACAUAAAUAGUUUGCAGAUCAGAUUAACCUACCCUGAGCUGCAACAGCCCCCAGUCACUUUAAAACACAAGUUAAAAGCCUGACAUCAUUAUCUGGUCCAGAGCACAAAUGUGUCUGGUUCAUAUACCUUGGCUGUAUUAUGAAACUGGACGCCUUUCCCCCUAAAGAGCUCUUCUCCAGCUCAGGAUGUAGACUGUGAUUCAGCUUAUAAAACUGAGAGAAGCUAGUGGGACUGGCUACGGAGUGUUGCCUUGUGGAAUGCUCCUGGUCAGGGGCCCAGCCAUGCCCUUUCCCAGGUACUCCAUUCCGUUCUUUGUUUUCUGUCCCAUUCUCUUUGGCCCCCCCCAACAGUCAGUCAGCUUUGUGAGACGACUGAGUAUGCUCAGUCCUCAUUGGGUUAUUUUGGGGCUCCUCCCCAAUAGUUUUCCCCCCUUAUAUUUUGUUUUAUACUUCUGGAAAGCUUGGAUACCUUUCAAGCCUAAUGCAUGGGUGGCGCUAUUUUAGCCACAUAAAGAUCCUCACUCUAGAGAACAAGUUUGCUGUUAGUGUACAGCAGGUGCUGAGGAAUCUGUGACCUUCCGCAUGUUGCUGGACUCCAGUUCCCAUCAGCCCCAGUCACCAUGGCCAGUGAGCAGGGAUGCUGGGAGCUGGAGUCCAACAACACUGGGGAAGGUCCGUAGCUCAUUGGUUAGAACAUCUACUUUGCAGGUUCAGUCCCUGGCAUCUCCCCAGGAAUGUCUCCAGCCUGAAAUCCGGGAGAGCCACUGCCAGCCCGUGUAGACAGCACUGAGGUAAAUGGACCAAUGGCCUUGAUUCAGUAUAAGGCAGCUUCCUAUGUUUCCCCUCCCUUGCUGUCAAUGUUUGAAAUAAAGAAGUAAAAAUGCCCCCCCUAUAAUGCCCCACUAUAAUGCUUCCCCCCAAAACACAGCCUUUCCCAAUCUGGUGCCCUCCAGAUGUUGCCGGACGCCAACUCCCAUCAGCCCCCGCCAGCAUGGCUGAUGGCCAAGAAUCAUGGAAGCAGGAAUCCAGCAACAAGUGGAUGGCCUCAGGUCCCCACAUUCCUGGUGUAUAGGAUUUUGAAGGGCAGCUGAAGAUACUGAGGCAGGGUAAGGCCUACCCACGUGCAUGCGCCAAUGUUAAGAGGCAGGGAAGAACACCUUGGCUGCUGUACACAACGCCGUUUCUUCUGGACUUGGUCCUGCUCAUGCAUGCACGUUUUGGACAGCAUCCACAUGAUGCCGUCCUCAUCAAAACACCGCCCCGUUUUCUUUCCCCACUGAAUCCCAAUUUACCGUUUCUGUGCAAAAUAUAGUCCAUAAAAACAAAGAAACGGUGGAGACAGUAAACCUGGAUUAAGGGGGGGAGGAUAUAGGCAUGGCUUUUUGAUGAGGACAGUGUGGUGGGAGCUCUGUGGAAUCCUUGCAUGGAUGAGUGGCACCGACUCCACAAUAAAGUGUCUUGUGGAAGGUGGAAGCACCCUCGGAAGUAGGCAAGAUGCCUUUCUUCCCUCUCCCCCACAACAAAUGAGUUCCCAGAGAAAGCUCUUUAAAUACCGAGCCAAUUCUGCAUGGAGCUGAGGGGGGGGGGAGUUUGCCCACUAAAUACAAUUUUCUUUUCCAAGAGACAAAUUGUACUGCAGCUCUGAGUGGCAGAAAAGCCCUGCAGUAUCCCUGCAAUGGAAGCCCAGCCUGGAGCAGGGAAGAGAACCAGUGUGGCCCUCUAGAUCAGUGGCGCCUCAGUUUCUUUCCUCCACCAGCCACUUGAAAAUUCCUGAUGGUCUUGGCGGACCAUUUAAUGAUUCUUCCACGUGUUGUAGCAAUGGUAGUGUGCUGGGUGCUGUAUGAUUUUUAAUUAUUUCUUUUAUUCCUUAGAUUUUGUUUCAGUGUGAAUGCCAUAGAUUUCACAUUACAGUGUAAGAAACUGCAGUAAGACAGAGAAGCAACAAUAACAAGUACGGUUAAAACCAAUAUGAAUAUUUAAUACGGACGUGACGCAGACCACCCGAAUGGAGCGUGUGGGCCACUGGUCUGUGGACCGUCGUUUGGGAGCCCCUGCUCUAGAUGUUGCUGGACACCAUCUCCCAUCAGCCGCACCCAACAUGGCCAAUGGUCAGGGAUUAUGGGAGCUGUAGUCCUAGAACAGCUGGCGAGCCCCAGGCUCCCCUUUCCAAGCCUUGAGGGAAGAGGCACGAAGCGUGCAUAGCCAAUGCUUGUUUAUGGGGAAAAGCCACCGCUCAGCUGUAGAGAAGGUCUUUGGCAAAGGCCCCAGACUGAACCCCUGGCAUCUCCAGGCAUCUUUUCUGAGAUGUUGGGGAGCUGUUACCAGUCAGUGUGCCAGAGGCGAGGAAUGUGUGGCCUCUUGAUGUUAUUGGGCUCUAGCUCCCAUCAGCCCCAGCCGGCAUGGCCGAUGGUCGAGGAUGAUGAGAGUUGUGGGAGACCCACAGCAUCGGGAGGGCCACAGGCUCCCUGCUCCUGGAAUAGACAAUACUCAGCUAGAUGGAAAUAGGUGGUCGCACUUGGGGUGCAAGGCAGUUUUCUGAGUUCCUGUUCAUUGCAUCAUAAACCAGAGGGGGGUAUGAUUUAUUGCAGGGGUUCCCAAACUGUGGGCCAUGAACCACCAGCGGUCCAAGAGGUUCAUUCAGGUGGUCUGUGGCAUGUCUGUAUUAAAUAUUCAUAUUGAUUUUUAGUUGUGUUUUUGUAGCUUGUUUCUUUUCUUUUACCAGAUCACAAUUUGAAUUCUAUAGAAUACGAUGAAAUGCAGCAUAAGAAGUAAAAGAAGCCAUAAAAAUAAAAUUUAAAAAUUAGACUCCCAUCUAGCGCAGCACAUUACAAUGGCUGCAAUAGUCAGAAAAAAUUAAGUGGUCCACCAAGACCACCAGCAAUUUUUAAGUGGUCUGUGGGGGGAAAGUUUGGAAACCACUGAUUAAUUGCAUCAUACACCGGAAGCGGGUCCUGUUGAACAUAUAUGAGUGCACUAGUGGCAUUCUCUAAGGGGGGUGUUCUGAAGGGGAGUGAGUCCCUUGGAGCAUGACGGUUGCUCAAUGGUUGCAUCAUUGGGCUUUGUUUCUGCACAUGCAGUGGAAUGAGGUUGUAGAGUCCUGGGGUGGUAGAAGGGGCUUCAAGCUGUGGGUGGGCCAAUGCCAUUUGUGAAUGCUCCUUCUGCUUCACCAACAGGCCUUUCCUACAAAUGAGUUCCCAGAGCAAGUCAAGAGUGCUUUGCUAGACCCCUUUGCCUUGCGGCACUAGCUUUUGAGUUGCAAGGAGUUCUUAAUGUAGGGGAGUGUUCAAAAAAUAGUAAAACAAAACCCUGCCUUCAGCCUGAAGUGGCUCAACUGAGAUGGGAAGCCUGUGGUGGACUCUCCUUCCCCUGGAGGUAUUUCUGGAUGGCCAUCAGUAUGGGAUGCCAUAGUUGCAGCCUGCACUGUAAAUCCUGCAUUGAGGAGGGGUUUGACUUCAAAAGACCCCUUCCAGAUCUAUACGUUUAUGAUCAAGGAAUGAUUUUGCAUCUGUAACGCAGGCCUCCCAUGAUUCAAACACCAGAAGGGAAAUGCACAUGGUGCACAAAAACAUUCCAGGAAGGUAGUUUAACAGCUCAGGAUGGCAGGCACAGUCCUCUUUUCGGCCCUCCUUGUUUUUAUCCUCACAACAACCCUGUGAGGUAGGUUAUCGGAGGCCGUAGCUCAGUAGUAGAACAUCUGCCUUGCAUGCAGAAGGUCCCAGGUUCAGUUCUCGGCAACUCCAGGUAGGGGUAGGAUAGAAUCCUGUUUGAAAUCCUGGAGAGCUGCUGCCACUCAGUAUAGACAAUAUUAAGCUAGAUGGACCAAUGGUCUGACUCGAUAUAAGGCAGUUUCCGGCGUCCCUAUGUUGGGCUGCCCAAGGUCACCCAGGAGCCCCGUACCUGAGUGGGGAUUUUAACCUGGGUCUUCCUGCUCUAGUCAGCUCUGCAACCCAGGCGAGGAACCUGUGAGUAUCCAGAAGUUGCUGGACUAUGCCUGCCAUCAUCCCUGACCAUUGGACAUGCUGGCUUGGGCUGGUGGGAGUUGGAGUCGAACAACAUCUGGAGGUUACCAGGUUCUCCAUCCCUACCUAAGCAGCUUGAAUUGUGAAUCAGGAAGCCUGUGGUUCACUUCUCAACUCUCAUAAACUCACGAGGGAGCCCUCAGGCUAGGAAGUCCCCAUUCUCAAUGUUGGCCUCUACGUUUGGAGGAUAAUAAUUCUGGCCUACCUUAGAGGGUUGUUUGUAAGGAUUACCAAUAUAAUACAUGCAAGCCGCUUUGAAAACAUUCUAAAGCGCCAUGUACUCUGUCACACUAGCACAGGAGUGGGGAACCUUUUUGAGCCUGAGGGCUAUAUUACCUUCGGGGGGCACAUCUGGGUGGGGCCAAAGGCAAAAGUGGGCAGAGGGGUCAGUGUAAUUUUUAUUUUUGUACAGUAGGCUAGCUUCUACCCACGCAUCCCUCUCUAGCCUCCAUCUGUGGAAGCAAGAGUCACAGUCAGACUUCCAGGGCACAUUCUAGCCCUGCAAAAUCACUCAAGGGAGGG